AUGGAAGCAUCUGUGAUUGAGGUAGAGAGAAUCUUGAGCUACGGAUUCAUAGAUCGGAAGCUUCUAGAAGAAGCUCUCACCCAUUCAUCUUCCACAGGUGUUUCUUAUGAGCGACUUGAGUUCGUGGGAUAUCACAUUAUAGGGCUAGCCAUCAGCAAACACCUCUUUCUCGCCUACCCCCAGCUCGAUCCUGGCCAACUAUCUGACCUACUUGAUGCCAACGUCAGCAAAGAGAAGCUGGCACGAGUUGCCAUCCAUCGCGGCCUCCACCGUUUCAUCCGCCAAAGCUUCUCAUCUGUGCUCAGGGAUGAGAUCGAACAAUUUGAGAAAGCUGUCACCCUAGAGAAAUACCCCGUUGGGAUACACGGUGGAUCCGUGGGGGCCCCCAAGGUCCUUUCGGAUAUCGUAGAGUCCGUCGCAGCAGCUGUAUAUUUUGAUCUGGGAUUCGAUCUGGAGAAAUUCUGGGAGGUGCGUAUUAAAGUUUCUUUGUAA